UAUUUCGCGGGUAAAAUGGCGUUGUGGAAUAAAGUGGUUUCAGGCUUUAAUAAAGAAGAAGAAACCAUAAAUUUUGGAACAAGAACUAUAGUUGAAAAUAAUGGCUCGUUAUAUGAAACUUCUACUAUUGCAACUAUACAAUCAAAUGGAAGGGUAGAACAAGAACCAAAUAUUUUAGCAUCUAUACAAUAUUCAAGGGUCUGUGUAUUAAUUGAUAAAUCAAUCACUAUAUUUGAAAAUGAAACAUGUGAAAAAAUAUUAUUAAAUAUUAGUUUUGAAUUAUUAAUAACAAGUUAUUGCAUUUCUCAUGAUGGAAUAUUUUUAUUUGUUGCAUUAUCAAAUGGAAUGUUAUAUUGUCUUCAUUUAUUAAAUAAGGGACAAAUAAUCUUUACAAAAAAUAUUACAACAACUGAAAAUAAAAUAAUAACAAUAUUUUUACAAAAUGAAUCUAAAGAAUAUAUUAAUAUAUAUCUUACCACAAAAAAUGGAAUUAUUUAUAGAAUAUCAAAAUUUAAUAUUAAACUUAUUCAAUCAGCUAUUACAAAUGAAAUUGAUAAUAAUAUAUUAAUAGAAUUGAUAGAAAAAAUUAAAUGUGUACAGUUAUUUAAAGGAUUUUCCUGUGAUGAAGUAAUAUAUGCUACUAUAAGUUUAAUAAAUAAAGAAAUAUCAAUAGCUAUGUUAUGUUCAAAUAUGUUAUUUAUGUGGCCUAAUGAAUGUUAUGUUAAUUUUAAUACAUUACAUUAUAAUUAUAUAAAAAUAAAAUUUUUUAAAAAUUACAUUGCAAUGUUAUGUUUACGUUCAGAUUAUAUAUUAAACUUAAUGUGUCCUCAAACUUUACUUGCUCUAAAAGUGUAUUCAAAACCUGUAUCAGAUUUUGUAAUUAUUGAAAAUAAUGAUAAUACUUUAUGUCAGAUUCUUGUGUUAAUGUUUGAUAAUAAUUGCAUUGAAUAUACGUUACAAGUUCUCUCAUAUCCAGAUUUUCAAAAAAAGUUUCAAAUAAAUAUACCAACUAUAACACAUCUUGUUGAAAUUAUGGAUCCUUGUGAUGAAGUAAUUUUAUAUCUAGAAGGAAUUAAUGAUUCCAAUAAUGAUACUAAUAAUUAUAUAGAUACAGUUAGAAUAAAAACUAUAUCAGAAAGUGAUCCUGAAUAUCAAUUACAACGUUUAAUAAGAAAAGAACAAUUUGAUGCAGCUGAAUUUUUUGCAAAAAAAUUUAACUUAUCUACAGAUCCUAUUUAUUAUGCAAAGAUUGCAUUGCUUUUGUCACAAUUUGGACCUUGGACAAAAGAAAAGUCCAAUUCUCUUCAAUUAGAUAUGAUUCUUAAUAUAUUUGAUAAAAUAAAAAAUGUACAAUAUAUUGUAGAAUGUUGUAAUAAAGCAUUUCUACCUGAUUAUAAACAAAUGAAAAAAAUUUAUUUAUAUGCACGUUCAAGAAUAGUAGAAAAUAUCUCUAAAAAUAAUUAUUUGUAUCUUCUUUCUUCAAUUAAUAGUACAUUGCAAAAAUUAGAAACUUUUCAUAUGAUUUGGGGAUACCAAAGAAAUUUAAAAUAUUAUGAUGAAGAUACUAUGAAAGAAUGGAUUAGAUUUUCUCGAGCAGAUUUAAUAGAAGAAUAUAAAAUACAUUUGAGCUUGGGAGAAAUGGAAGCAGCUACUUUAAUUUGGACGAGACAUCUUGUAAAUAUAAUGAAAGAUAUAUCUAUAGAAAUUGUAAAGGAUAUAUUUGGAAUUCUUCCUGAAAAGAUACCCUUUCUUUCCCUUUGGAUGUGGUUAUCACAUUUUAUUCCAAGUAUAUUGUCAUUUAUUCCUAAUGCAAUGUCUGAAAUUAUUGUUUGGGGUUAUAAAAAAGUUAAAUCAUUUGAACAGUCUUAUCGUUCAGAAUGGCCUCAAAUUGGAAUUGAUUUCACAAAAAAGUUUAUAAAGUUGUUGAAAUUUCAAGAAAGUCAUCAAUCUUUAUACUUUCAACAGGAAUGUUUAAACAAAGAUACUAAUUUAAAACAGCUUAUUUCUUUAAUACAAAUAUUAUCUGAUAUUCAAAAAUUGAAAGUUAAUUAUAGAUUAAUAAUAUCUCUUAAUUCAUAUAUUGGAGAUCCUAUAGAAGUAUCAUACAUAUUAUUAGAUAAAAUACAUAUAAAUAUAAUUCUAGAAUUUGUGAAUACAUUUUUUAAACAAUACAUGUUGAAUAAUUCUCUACAAAGUGAUUAUAUUUUUUCUUCAUAUGUACAGAAAACUCUAAAAAAUUCUAAAAAUUGGUGGUCAGGAGAGGAAGCUCCCUGGGAAAAAAAAAUUGUUAUUAUUAUUGAUUUAAUUCAAGAUAUAGAGACUAAAUUACAGCAAAUAUUAGAAGUAUUAAAAAAAGCUGUAGUUCCAUGGACAUCAACUAUUGUAUCUCUAAUAGAAACAAGUUAUAAUUUUGAUCAUAUUUUAACAUCUCAAAUUAGAAUAGAACAUAACUUUGUUCCAAUUAAGCUUAUUUUAAAGAAAUAUGGAUAUGAACGCAUUGGUAUAAAUAAUAAAUUAAUAUACCGAAUAAUAAAAGAAAAUCAUGAUAAUAUGAUUUCUGAUAUUCAACAAAUAACUAAAAAUGAUUUAUUUUCAAGAAAAAAAGCAUUUUCAUCUUGUGUAAAUUAUUAUUUAAUUAGAGGGAAUUUUGAAAACGUAACAAAGAUAUUAAGUUUUUUAGAAGAUGAUGUUUUAUUAUAUUGUUGUAUACAAAUUGUUAACUAUAUAACAGCUAGUUUAACAUUAAAGAUUAUACCUAAAUCUCUUAUAUAUCAUAUUGAGAUGUUGGGUUGGAUAAAAUUACAGUUAGAAAAACUUUCAAAAAAAUGUAAAACUCAAUCAUAUCAUUGUAACAAUGUUAUUAAUAGUAUAGAUGAAAUAAAAUCAAUAUAUUAUUUAAAAAAAAAUCUCGAAAUUGAUGUAACAUUUGAAGAAUAUCAAAUUAAAAAAAAGAAAAUAUUACAAAAUUAUGUUAAAAAAUUGUGUGAUGUAGACAUGGAAAAAGAUAAUAAUUUAUUUACUAUUUAUAAAAAACUUAUUCAAGCUGCAGAUUUACUUAAAAUACAAAGAAUUCAUGCAAUAUAUAUAUUAAUUGAAUGGUCAAAAAAUGUAAAACUAUUAAAUUAUUUUAUUAGAUGUGAAAAAGGACAAUUAAAUAUAAUGACAAAUGAAUGCUAUUAUGCAUAUAAAAUAUGCUUAUUAAUAAUGCAGCAUAUUAAAAUAAAUGCAGAUAUUACAAUUACAAUUCAGAAUUUAAUUUCUGCUGCAUUAUGUGUAUGUUUAGACGAUGAAUUACAAUCUAUGUUAUUAUUGUAUAUAUGGAUAAAUUUAUGUCAAAAAUGUUGUAAUAUAAACUUUAUAAACAUAAACACAGUGGAUGUACAAUAUGAAGAAAUAACAAGAUCAAACUGGAAAUUAUAUACGAUAUAUAAGGAUCUAAAUAUUAAAACUGAUGAAUUUUUAUUACCAUUAUUUAGAAAUAUAAUUUCUAUAGAAAGAUUUUAUAUGAAUAUAUCAAAACCUGAAAUUGAAUAUCGAAUAUGUACAACUAAUGACGAUGUUCAAAAUUACAAAAAAAAUUGGCCAAAUAUAGAAGAACCUAUAAAGGAUUUGCUUAAUAAAAUUAUGGAACUAAAAAUGGAACAUAGCGAUUAUAUUUUAUUGCAAAUUAUUAAAACAUUAUAUUUCAGUUUUUGUGCUAUACCAAACAUAAGUGAUAAUAUAUUAAUAGAAAUUAAAUUAGUAUAUUUUCAUUUUUUAAUAAUAUUACUUAAAAAAGUAAUAAAUAAUCGAAUGUUUGAUCUUCAACUUAGUUUAUCAUGCUUAUUUAUGUUAUCUGAUUCUGAAGCAUGUAAAUGGAUUUCUUCUAUUUGCAAAUCAUUUCAAUCAGAUUACACUCGACAUUUAAGAAUAACAAUGCUUGGAUAUGAAUAUUUUUAUUUAACAAAAAAUCAAACUUUGCAAACAUUUAAAAAUAAUAAGAUAUUAUAUUAUUGGGCACAAAAGUUAUCUAAAUAUUUAGUUUCAUAUAAAGAAAUCCUAACAAGUGAUUCAGUAGCUAAAAGGGAAAUAUUACAACGUAUUAUGAGUUAUGAUGAAGAUCUGAUUCCUUUAUUUCAAGAAUUUUGUUUUGAUUUUGGUUUUGAUAUCCAAGAUUGUUUAUUACUUUAUCUACAAACAAUAAUAAAAACAUGGAAUCCAAAAUUAAAUAUAAGCAAUUAUAAUGGAAAAAAAGAAUUACAUAUUAAUGAAGAUGAUGUAAAUCAAUUAAAUAAAAAAUGUAAUUCUAUUACUGCCUAUAUCUUGGAUAAAGUUGCUUUAAAAAAUUGGGUUACAAUGAUUUUUUCACAAAUAAAUUUUUAUCAUUAUGAAAUAUUUAUAAUUCUUAUGGAUCUCAUAGAAGAUAAAAAUAUUGAACAUAGAAAUUAUUUAUGUUUUUUACAAAAUUAUAUUCGCACUGGUCCACCUACACAAAUAGAAUAUGAUGAAUGGAUACAUCUAAAUCCAGGAUAUACAUCCUUACCAUUUAUAGCAGAAUGGCGGUUACCUUUUUUACCUAAAAUUGAAUUAUGGAAACUUAUAACUCCUGAAUUAAAUUUGAAAACUUAUGAAAAAUGGUUAGAUAUUGCUGCUAUUCUUAAAUUACAACCUCAUAUUAUAUGUACUUUAGCUAUAAAAGGUGAAGUAACACAUAUUUGGAAAAAUAAACACAAAAUAGCUAAAUGGUCUCUUUCUUCAAAAAAUAAAAGCUUAUUAAAUCAUAUAAAAAAAUGUAUAGAAAGAAUGACUGGUCCAGAUGCACUAUAUUAUGGCACUGCAGCAUUAUAUUAUGUUGUAAAUCAUACACCAUCAGGAGCUGAUCAAGUAGCAGCAGUUGAAGAAUGUUAUAAGUAUGCACAAUUAUCAGCUAAAAAAUCUAUGAUGUUUGAAGAAGGAAUGUUAGAAAAAAUAAAAGUUAAAUAUUUACGUUUUACAUCGGAACAUAUUUUACAUGUACAUGGUUUGGCCAAUAAAAAAUAUUUGUCAUUAAUCGGAAAUCCGAAUAAAUUAGUCUAUGAAUUAUAUACAGAUGAAAGUAUACCUCAAAGAUAUCGAUGUGUUAUUGAUCAUAGACCUGAUAUAAAUUCGGCAGUUAGUUCAAUUAGUCAGUUAUUUUCUAUUAAUUUGAUAAAAUUACGAAUAGAAUUAUUACAAGAAUGGUUACAACCAGAUACUAAAUAUAUGAAAUUUAAUCAAAGUAUAACAGAAACAUUUCCAGUAAUGACAAAUUUAGAAUCGAAUUUAAAUUGUGAUGAUAAAUUAUUGAGAGCAUGCUAUAUUUUAGAAUAUGGAGAUCUUGAAUUAUCAGCUAACUUUCUUAUAAAUAUAGGUUUUAGUGAAAAAAAUGAAGAUUAUAGUCCAGAAGUUCGUUAUAGAGCUCUUUGUGUAUUACAAUCUAUAGUUGAUACUGCUAAAUUAGAAGAUUUAAUUAAACGAGAUUACCAAACAAUUAAAAACUAUAUGAGAUCUUUGAAAUAUAUAAGUAAAUUGGAAUUGUUAGGAAUAGGAUAUAGUAUAAAUACAUUUGAAAUGUGUUCUAAACAUGAACUUAUACAAAUUUUAUGGAAAACACAAAAUUAUUCGCCACAAGCCCUGAUUAUUAUUGCACAACUUUGUAUAGAUUUUGAAAUAUAUGAAUAUUCUCUCUGGGACAAAAAUUUAACUAAAAUGGCUAAAUUAUUAAUGAUUAAUGAAUUAAAAAUAAUUUUAUUACAAGUACAAAAUAUAAACACCAUUGUAAAUUCUAAUGGAUAUUUAUUUGGAUGGGAAGUAAUAAUUUCAGAACCUUUCAAAAAAAUGGAUAUGAAUCCGACUUCUGAACAAAUUGAAAAUUGUAUUGAAGCUUUACAACUUUUAUAUUCAUGUCCAGUUUUAUAUGCAUUAAAUUUCUCUAACAUCAUAAAAUAUUGUUUUCAAUGUCAGCAAUUACAUUUAGUACUUGCAUUUUUACCAUUUUUAAAUGAUGAUGAUACAAUAUAUGUUUUGGAAAAAAUUAAAUGCACAUCUAAUAUUACAAAAAUAUUAGAAAAUUUGAAUAACUUAUGUUCAAGUGGAAUACUUUGUACAGCUUAUUGUAAUAAAAUUAUAGAACAUACAUUAACAAACAUGAAUAAACAUUCAAUAAAAUAUGAAUAG